GGAGACAGGAGGUUCUGUUCACUGUUGAUCAGCUGUUCCGAGUGCCGACUGCCGAUAUAUCUCGAGAUUGGAAAGGAGCGACCGGCGGCUCUCUUUCUCCUCGGGUAUGGGAAGAAGAUCGGGAUGGCGACGGAAGAAGACGCCCCCACGCCUCCGCCCCCGACAUCGCCCGUCAAAUCGGACGUGAUCAUCAUCGGCGCCGGGAUGGCCGGAUUGGCCGCGGCAAGCCUUCUCGCCAAAAACGGAUCCUUGGAUUUCCUGAUCCUCGAAGCGAAGGACAGAAUCGGCGGGAGGAUAGCCGCCACCGAUACAGAUGGUUGUAAAUUGGAGUUGGGUGCAAAUUGGAUCCACGGGGUUCUUGGUAACCCUAUGUACGAAAUGGCAGUGGUGAACAAUUUAGUUGACAUUGUACAUAUUCCUAAACCACAUAAGGUGGUUGCUGCAACAGAAAAUGGCAAACAAGUGCCUUUCGUCAUUUUACAAGAAAUAUAUGAAGCAUAUAUGUGCUUCCUACAUAGAUGUGAAGAAUACUUUUUGUGUCAGUACCUUCCACCGCAGGGUAUCGAUAGUGUUGGAGAACAUAUAGAACUUGAAAUCGCUUUGUAUUUGGACAAAAUUGAAGAUCAAGAGCAGAAAAAAUUGCGCAGACUCAUAUUUGACUGUUUGCUCAAAAGGGAAACAUGUAUCUGCGGAUGUGAUAAAAUGACAGAGAUCGAUCUCCUUGAACUAGGUAGCUACACGGAACUCCAAGGGGGCAACAUAACGCUCCCGUCAGGGUACAGCAGCAUCUUAGAUCCAGCUUCGAAGGACAUUCCUCCAGAUAAGAUUUUGAAAGGGCAUGUUGUAAAUUGUAUAAAGUGGCCUGGGGCCGAAUGGAAGUACGAUGAAAGUGGCGAUACUUCGGAAGAUUCUGAAAAAACGGUUAUUGAAGAAGGUGCCGGAAGAACUGCACCACCAUCAGAGCCUUGUAAUAAAAGUGUUCCACAGGUUCCACAGACAAUUGAUGUGUUGUGCGAAAACGGUAAAACGUUUACAACCAAUCAUGUUAUUUGCACUAUACCCCUUGGCGUCCUUAAAGAAAGAGUGAAUACCCUCUUCUCGCCACCCUUACCUCAACAUAAACUUGAAGCAAUUGAUAAACUUCUAUUCGGUACCGUUAAUAAAAUUUUCUUAAUCUAUGAGAGGCCUUUUUUACACCCUGAUAUUUCAGAGGUCAUGUUGUUAUGGAGCAACGAACAAAUAUCCAAAGAGGAAAUGUCAAAAAACUGGCAUAAAAAGAUAAAUUCUUUUUCAAAAGUAGCUGAUACUGUAUUACUUGGCUGGAUAUCCGGCCAGGAGGCUGAAUACAUGGAGACACUGCCAGAAAGUGAGGUGGCUGAUAGAUGUACAGAAAUAUUGCGUAAAUUCCUUAAUGACCCUUUCGUACCAAGACCAAAAAGUUGCACUUGUUCUAAAUGGAAGAGUGAGCCGUUUACAAAGGGAUCUUACACAGCUAUGGCAGUCGGAGCAAGUCAGUGUGAUAUAGAAAACUUGGCUCAACCUCUUUAUUCCAGUAGUAGAGAUCACAAACCCAAAAUUCUUUUUGCUGGAGAACACACACACAGUAGUUUCUAUUCGACUGUACAUGGUGCUUAUUUAUCCGGAAGAGCAUGUGCCCAGAUGCUUAUGGAGACGCAACCGGCGAUUACAGUCUGUGACACUGAUUUGUCUUCCUGGAUCCGAGGCAUUUCACUCGACGAUUAUUCAGUUUAGGGUAUACUUCCAUGUUAAACUGCGAUUCCAUGUUGGAUUAAGUUCAAAAUAAUACAUACUAUUUUAAGUAAUUUAUUUUUUUAAGAUUAAAAAUAUUUUAUUUAGUUUACUUUUGAAAGCACAACUGUUUAUAGAUUUUUUUUACAAAAGUCGUUCUAGUGAUUUAAUUUGUUUUUACAACAAAUUUAAAGCUGUAGGACGGAAUUCUACUGUCUACGGGCAUUACAAUGUUUUAUUCAAAGUAUGAAGUCAGUUUAUAUAAUUUUUUGUUACGAUCCUGUAUAAAGAGUGCUAAUUGUAAAUUAACAAUUGUAAUAAAUGUAAUUGUAAUAUAACGCGGUGUUGGCGAAAUCAUAUCCAAUCUGGUAAACAAGAGUUUUAUGAAAUCAAACACUUUUUUUUUUUUUUCUAAGAUCUGAUAGAUGCUAGUUUGUAGCGUGAACUAGUCUUUGUGAACACUCUUGGCUACCGUAUUUACAUAGUCUUGUAUAAAGCUUUUACAUAAACUAGUCAUGUAUGAAAGAAAAAAAGUGUAUGUACAUACAUUUUUACAUAAUAUAUGAAGUUAAAAUAUGAAGGAAUUUGUGUUUCCUAUUCUACUCAAUGGUUUGUUCUACCUAGAAAAAGACAUAUUUGUUGGUAUUUUUUGUUAUAUGUUAAUUAAAACUUAUUCUAGA